AAGAGUAUAAUAACCGUUGAACUUCACUCAAGUCUUUUUCGUUACACCUUAAACAGUGUUUUAAAAACAGAUAGUAGCAUUAAAACCGACUUUGAGGAACCCAAGCUGUCACUUUCAGGUAAUCAUGGAUCGCCCCAAACAGAAACAAAUGAAUCAAAGUGAUAAUGAAACAGAUGCCGCGAUCAAUGGACACUUUGACAGCCGGGUGAAGAUGCCCGGAUGGCGCGCCGGUGGUGCCGCCGGGGACCCGAGCACCGUGCCGUCUCCCAGCGUGAUGGAGAGCUGGCGGGAAGAGCGCACUCGCAGUCUGGAAGACAACGAAAUGAGCCUGCCGAGCAUCGCCGCGGCGUACACCACUAUCCUCAGGGGUCUCGGGGAAGACCCGCAGCGACAGGGGCUGCUCAAAACUCCGUGGAGAGCCGCCACAGCCAUGCAGUUCUUCACCAAGGGGUAUCAGGAAAAAAUCAUUGAUGUCCUGAAUGACGCAAUCUUUGAUGAAGACCAUGACGAGAUGGUGAUCGUGAAGGAUAUCGACAUGUUUUCCAUGUGUGAACACCAUUUAGUUCCCAUUUUUGGCCGGGUGCAUAUAGGUUACCUUCCAAACAAGAGGGUUCUUGGUCUGAGUAAAUUAGCACGGAUUGUUGAGAUAUACAGCAGGAGAUUGCAAGUUCAAGAGCGUCUAACUAAACAGAUUGCGGUCGCCAUCACUGAAGCUCUACAGCCUGCUGGCGUCGGAGUGGUUGUUGAAGCCACUCACAUGUGUAUGGUUAUGCGAGGCGUCCAGAAGAUGAACAGCAAGACUGUGACCAGCACCAUGCUGGGCGUUUUCCGCGAGGACCCCAAGACACGGGACGAGUUCCUGACCCUGAUCCGGAGCUGAUCUCUCCACUGCCAAAACGCCUCCUCUCUGGUCCUGCCUCCGGACGAGGCCCUGCUGCUGUGUAACAGAGUGUCCCACCCGCCUCGGUAACACCAUCUCUUCUCUAUCGCCUGUGUGUGUGUGUGUGUGUGUUUCAUUGAUUAAGGUUUUGUGCCGGUUUAGUCAGUCGAGCUGCGGGAGCCUCUGUUGACGGGACUGCGGCUGUUGCUGUUACAUGGAAGCAUUAUGUUUUGAAGGACGUUCUAGAUUAGCACACUUUAACCUCUCUAAACUAACAAGCACCAAAGCCACCAAAAUUUGUUUACAUCCCUUUCCGGUCGGGUCACUUUUGCGCUCUAUUAAACGCAAUUGAGUUGGCAGACAUACACAACAAAGCAGUUUUAUUUUCACGCUUUU